GAGAGUCUCUGUACUGGCUAGUUCGGUCGCGUGGAUUUUUGCGCAAGUUUUUAGAAAAACACUGACUCGAGUAGAGCAUUUCUCCGGAAAGUUUCAAGUGCAGCAAAAUAGCGAACAUGCAAAACUGGCCAAGGGGAGACCUCUAGUGGUUAAACGCAUCUUUAAGUUCGGAAGGCCGAGAGCAAAGUUUGGCCUUUGCUUGUAGCUACGUAGUCUGUUCAGACGUGGAAGUAAUUAGAAGACCUGAGCGAGCAGCCAGAUGUUGUGUGAAUGGAUGCCGGUCACAAAUAGAAGGUUUAGGAAAUUGGAGAGCAGAUAAGUUCUGACGAUCCAGAGCCUGUAGCAUCGAUCCCUCUGCAUUUAUAUGGGAAAAACGCUUUGCUUUUAUCCGGGGAUCUGAGAUGGGUCCAUAACUGGUUAGUGCUGGACCUUUAGGAGAAGUGUUGGGGGGUGGACAGCAAUCCUAAAGACCACUGGAGAGUUAUUUCUUCACCACCACUUGUUUCAAAAAUAAAUCAUGACUGAAUCUGCCUCUAGCGCAAGUGGUCAAGAGUUUGAUGUAUUCAGUGUUAUGGACUGGAAAGAUGGAGUAGGCACAUUACCAGGAAGUGACUUAAAGUUUCGGGUGAACGAGUUUGGAGCCCUGGAAGUUAUCACAGAUGAGAGUGAGAUGGAAAACGUGAAAAAAGCAACAGCUACCACAACUUGGAUGGUACCAACUGCUCAAGAAGCCCCGACCUCUCCCCCGAGCACCAGGCCCGUAUUUCCACCUGCCUACUGGACAUCUCCACCUGGAUGUCCCACAGUCUUUUCAGAGAAGACUGGGAUGCCUUUCAGGUUGAAGGAUCCAGUGAAAGUAGAAGGGCUUCAAUUCUGUGAGAACUGUUGUCAGUAUGGCAAUGUAGAUGAGUGUCUUUCUGGAGGAAACUAUUGCAGCCAGAAUUGUGCCCGGCAUAUCAAAGACAAAGAUCAGAAGGAAGAAAGGGACAUAGGAGAAGACAAUGAGGAAGAAGAUCCUAAGUGUAGUCGGAAGAAGAAACCGAAAUUAUCUCUGAAGGCCGACUCCAAGGAGGAUGGAGAAGAGAGAGAUGACGAGAUGGAGAACAAGCAAGAUGGAAGAAUCCUGAGGGGUUCACAGAGAGCCCGAAGGAAAAGACGGGGUGAUUCAGCUGUACUGAAGCAAGGUUUGCCUCCUAAAGGAAAGAAAGCCUGGUGCUGGGCAUCCUACCUGGAGGAGGAAAAAGCUGUGGCAGUGCCCGCGAAGCUCUUCAAGGAGUAUCAAUCCUUUCCAUAUAACAAAAAUGGGUUUAAAGUUGGCAUGAAAUUAGAAGGUGUGGAUCCUGAACAUCAGUCUGUGUACUGUGUCCUCACUGUGGCUGAGGUUUGUGGAUACCGAAUAAAAUUGCACUUUGACGGCUACUCUGAUUGCUACGAUUUCUGGGUAAAUGCAGAUGCUCUGGAUAUUCACCCAGUGGGGUGGUGUGAGAAGACUGGCCAUAAACUCCAUCCUCCCAAAGGUUAUAAAGAAGAAGAAUUUAAUUGGCAGACCUAUCUUAAGACAUGCAGAGCUCAAGCUGCUCCCAAGUCAUUGUUUGAAAAUCAGAAUAUAACAGUGAUCCCAUCAGGUUUUCGAGUUGGAAUGAAGCUCGAAGCUGUAGACAAAAAGAAUCCUGCAUUCAUCUGUGUUGCUACGGUAACAGAUAUGGUGGACAAUCGUUUCCUGGUACAUUUUGACAACUGGGACGAGAGCUAUGACUAUUGGUGUGAAGCAUCAAGUCCACAUAUUCAUCCAGUUGGUUGGUGUAAAGAACAUAGAAGAACACUUAUUACUCCACCAGGUUAUCCAAAUGUGAAACAUUUUUCUUGGGAUAAAUACUUAGAAGAAACCAAUUCUUUACCUGCUCCUGCAAGAGCUUUCAAAGUGAAACCUCCACAUGGAUUUCAGAAGAAAAUGAAGCUUGAAGUCAUAGACAAAAGAAAUCCUAUGUUUAUUAGAGUAGCAACAGUUGCGGACACGGAUGAUCACCGAAUAAAAGUUCACUUUGAUGGCUGGAACAGCUGCUACGAUUACUGGGUAGAUGCAGAUUCUCCAGACAUUCACCCCGUGGGCUGGUGUUCAAAAACCGGGCAUCCUCUUCAACCUCCUUUGAACCCCUUAGAAUUAAUGGAAGCUUCCGAACAUGGUGGAUGCUCAACCCCAGGAUGUAAAGGGAUUGGCCAUUUUAAGAGAGUGAGACACCUGGGCCCUCACAGUGCUGCCAACUGUCCCUAUUCAGAAAUCAAUUUGAAUAAAGACCGAAUUUUCCCAGACCGCUUAAGUGGUGAGAUGCCUCCGGCUAGUCCAUCAUUUCCAAGAAAUAAAAGGGCAGACACAAAUGAAAUCUCUUCAUCUCCUGAAAUCAGAGACCAGCAUGCUGAUGAUGUCAAGGAGGACUUUGAAGAGCGGACAGACAGUGAAAUGAGGACGUCGCAGGAAGCCAGAGGUGCCCGGGAAGAACCUAGCGUACAGCAGGCUCAGCGUCGAUCGGCUGUCUUUCUGUCCUUCAAAUCCCCGAUCCCAUGUCUGCCCUUGCGCUGGGAGCAGCAGAGCAAACUUCUUCCCACCGUAGCCGGAAUCCCUGCCAGUAAAGUCUCCAAGUGGAGCACGGAUGAGGUGUCAGAAUUCAUACAGAGCUUACCUGGGUGUGAAGAACAUGGAAAGGUGUUCAAAGAUGAACAAAUUGAUGGAGAAGCCUUUCUGCUCAUGACCCAAACAGACAUUGUUAAAAUUAUGAGCAUUAAGUUGGGCCCUGCUCUCAAAAUCUUCAAUUCCAUCCUGAUGUUCAAAGCUGCAGAAAAGAACUCUCACAAUGAACUUUGAAGAUGGGGAAUUUGGAAUACCAUCAGCUUUCUGCUUUAAAAGCUCAUGUUUUAUUCAAAGCACAAGGACAGUUAUAACUCCUACGCGAGAAGUCUCCAAAACUCAAAAGAGCGAUGCUAUCUGAUUAUUUAUAUUCCUCAAGAGACAAUAUAUACGAAUCCUUAUGAAAGUCCUUCGGCUUUUAACCAAGUACUGUCUAACAGCCGUCAUCCUUUGGUUCUGUUCACUGAGCUAAAUUUAUCUUUGUACAUCUUUUUGAGGCUCGGGGGUGGGGGGAAGGGGACUUCAUUAAUUAUUUAUGGUAAAAGGGGGGUUCGGAGUAAGAACUUUUGGCAUUUUGUAAACAUUGUUGAAUUCUCUUUCAUGCACACUGUUUUUUUUUCAGAAAUUUUUAUAUAAUCCAAGUUCAACUGAAACCAAAUUAGUCAAAACCUGGCUGAGGUUCGCCAGUGGGACUGUUACCUGUAUUGUUCAUCUUGUGCCAUAUUUUGAAUUGCAACAUUAUGCUAAGUAUAACUUUGCAAGUCAUGAUAUUGCCUAACUGCUUGUCAUAAUUUGUUGGGGCUGGAUGGUGGUAAAAAUUACUUUAAAUCAGUGUUUUUACUUUUGCACGCAUUAUGAAAUGUUAAACAAAUUACUUUUCACCAGCAUCUUUACUAUAAUUACCAAAAACAUGUAUAUAAAUAAUGGAAUUGAAAAAUAAAAUAUAUAAAUAAAUUAGGUGAUGUAUUUGAAUGGCAUCAAUCUUAUACGUGGUGGUGCCCUAUGUAUUUACAAGAGUCCAGUGGUGUCAAAGGAAUAUGCAGUUAUAUUGGGGGGUGGGGGUGUUUGUAAGGAUCUUGAACUAUUUGUGAGACGAUUUCGAGCUUCUCUCUGAUUGCCAAUGAAGUAACUGUGGUGCUUUUCAGAGCUGAAGGGGUCAUUCUGUCUAUGGAAACACUACUCCAUAUAGAGUUCUGUCUCAGAAGUCAUCUUCCUCCAGACCCAAAAGUUUUCUUCGGGUUGGCUGAAGAGAGAGUGUAUGGAUUUUACUGAAAAGGUAGGGUGGGAGGGAGCAACAGCAGUCAUAAAGAACUGACAGCUUCUAAAGGCUCACAGAUCCAGGGGGCAACUUCCCAAAGCAAUUAUUCAAGAACCUCCAUUUUGGAAAGGUUCCUUUCUCUGUAGAAUGGUUCACCUAAGUUUUAUAAAUGUACAGAUGCACUUUAAAUGAAAGCCCUUGAUUACCUAGAAACAGCUAGCAGUAGUGUUUCUUUUCCAAGAAUGUCUUUCCAACACAAAAGUUAAAUUAUUUUAUCAGCCUUUGGAUGUAAUGUCUACUCCUAGGAUGGGCCAUUUAUUCGAGGGCUAUUAUAAAAGUAGCAAGUAAGUUCGUAGCAUGCUGGGGCAAGUUCCGCCUCUCUCCUUAGUUGCCCUCAUUUUCUCGGAUGUAGGACUUCCUGUGAUGUCCCCCAUUGGGAGUCUACUAGCAGUCCUUUGCAUUUGUCAUAAUUCAAAAGGGCCAUGACAUCUGCAAUGUCCCUUUCAUUUCUUUGCAUGAAUCUGCUUAAAUAAGUUUUUCGUUGUCGGGGUUUUUUUUUUUUCCUUUUUAUGUUCUGUUCAGAAUUUGUACAUUCAAGUUGCACUUGUUAUAUCUGACAUGAAUGAAAUAAAAUCUUAAUUGCAGAUA